AUGUCGUCGUCUUCCUUAUCCUCUAGAUUUUGCUUCAACCGCGAAUGUACCGAGUUCAACCUCAAGCAUUACCGACCUGGUUGGCGUCUCCAAACUGGCGAUUUCGCCGACCUCUGCCAUCGUUGCGCCUCUGCUUAUGAACAAGGAAAGUUUUGUGACAUCUUUCACCUAAAGGCUUCCGGAUGGAGAUGCUGUGAGUCAUGUGGGAAGCGAAUUCAUUGUGGUUGUAUUGUUUCUGCAUCUGCUUUUACAUUGUUGAAUGCUGGAGGAAUUGAGUGCCUGGCGUGCGCAAGAAAAAAAGUUUCUUUGGGACCCAAUUUUUCGCCACCACCAUCGGUUUUCUUCCAAUCUCCCAUUGCUGAAAAAUUCAGGGACUUGUCGAUCAAUUGGAAUUCUUCAACCGGGUCAAAUCAGAUAAGCUGCCGGCCUCCUAGUUUCGUAGGUCCUUCGGGUCUGCAGUUUGAUAUUCAUAAUCGUGGAGAUAGUUAUGAAUUUGGACAACCUACUACUAAAGAAAGGGCCACUGCAUGUUCCGUGGAGAAAACAAGGGGAAUGAAUCACUUGAUGGGGAAAUUAAUGAGUGAAAGCUCAAAUAGUCACACAAGCGACAUACUUAAUUAUCGGAAUGCAGGACCCAACUGUAAUUUGUAUCAUCCACUGAUCUCAUUGAAGGAGGGUCCAUGUGGGGUACAGCUUGCUUUUCCUGUGCCACUUACAACACCAAUUGAGAAAAAUGGUCACUUGAGACUAGAUGGAAGUAAUUCAUGGCAUACACCUAAUUCUUCUCCACUGAGUUGCUUAUACAAUGACUUGAAUUGUAGAGCAGACUCGCUAUUCAAAAGCAAGAGUCGGGACGUGAGGACCCAUCUUGAUACUUCAGGAAAAUAUCAGGUGGUUCCACGAUAUUGGCCUAAGGUUUCAUAUGAAGAUAGAGUUCUGCAGUAUCUCUCCAAAGAAGUCCUAGUCCUCUUGCUUUUUGUUUUCUUUCUAUCGCUUGAUGUGAAUAACUCUAUGCUAGGUUGUAGAAUAGGGUGGAUAUCUGAAUCCGUUGUCACUCCUCUCUUUGAGAAGAGGCUGAGUGCAAGUGAUACUGGACGAGUUGGGCGACUAGUGCUGCCAAAGAAGUGUGCAGAGAAUUUCUUGCCCCAAAUUUUCCACACUGAAGGUGUACCUCUCAAAGUACAGGACUCAAUGGGUAAAGACUGGACAUUUCAGUUUCGCUUUUGGCCCAACAACCAUAGCAGAAUCUAUGUUCUAGAGGGAGUAACUCCAUGCCUACAGAGCUUGCAGCUGCAGGCUGGUGAUACAGUCAUAUUUAGUCGAGUAGAUCCAGAAGGGAAGUUAAUCAUGGGAUUCAGAAAGGCUUCGGUUGCUCAAUCGUCUGAUCAGGAAACUGACUCAACGUAUAACAAUCGUGACAGUUGCACAAACAGAGAUCAGGCUGAACCGGUUGAUAUGCAUUCACCGUCUAAAAUGAAGAAAUCCGCUUAUACAGCUAAAGAAACUUCAGGAGUAGAAUUUGCUUCCGGGAAGAAUAUAAGCAGCAUGAUGAUUACAAGAAGCAAGCGUCAAAAAGUUGAAAAGGGAGACCACGAUGAGCUGAAGCUAACAUGGGAAGAAGCUCAAGGAUUUAUCUUGCCUCCUCCUAAUGUUACUCCGUCUAUAAUGAAGAUAGAGGGCUUUGAGUUUGAGGAAUAUGAGGAUGCUCCAGUCAUUGGGAAGCCAACUACAGGGAUUCAGAUUACGUAUACUGGUACUAUUCAUGGUCAAAAAGCAUUCUGCAUGUUGCCAGAUAUCGAAAAUUUCAGUUCAACAUGCUCUUGUAAUAAAAGACACUUAGCUGAAGAGCAUGAUGAGGAAGCCAUGGAGGAUGAAACUGAAGGACUCUCGAUGUCACCCAAAGCAACGACAAAGCACCCACGGCACAGAAACGGCUGCACUUGCAUCGUUUGCAUACAAUCCCCAAGUGGGAAAAGUCCCAAACACGACAAAUGCUGUUCCUGCACUGUCUGCGAUACGGUAAAACGCCGUAUAUGUUCUCUGUUGCUAGGGAAGAAGAAGAAGAAGCAAAUAGAGAAAGGAAACAAAGCACUCAAGGAGCUGGAGUCACUGAACUCUGACGAGGAACUUCACCAGUCUGAUAACAACAGUGGAGACACCAGUAAGAGCCAUGAGCAUCAUGGUUCGCCUUUGAAACCCCAAAUAGAUUUGAAUUUCCAACCAGAGAAAGACGAAGAGUCUCUGCCUCGUUCUCACACAACUAUCAACAACAAGUCUCUGCAUCAUGAUGACACUAGCUUCAAGCCACCAAGCUCAUCAAGUGCCCAUAGCCAAAUUGAAAAGGAAGAUGAAGGAAAACCCUAG